CACGGAAACUCACCUGUCCCAAGGACCGGUCCCUGCCCAUCACCCUCGUCCGCCAAUACGAAAAUCCGCCUUUACACUACCUGACACUAAACCACCCCCCUGGUCGCCAACUCAUCUGUGCAAGUCCGUGACCGAGUAACCUGCCAACCACCAUGGGAAAUCCAUCAUUUUCCCAAGAUCUUGGCCCCGCAUUCCUCGCCUAUGCACUUAAAGGCGGCUACUCCCACUCUGUGCCUGAUCCAAAGGACUUCAUCUUGUCACAGCCUACCACCUUAAUCCAUUGUCCAACAUUCCAUCUCUUCUCUUGUCACACCCAACCACUUUCAUCGUUGUCCAAGAUCCCAUCUCAUCUCUUGUCACACCUAUCGCUGUCCAAGAUUCCAUCUCCUCUCUUGUCACAUCCUGUCCUCAUCAAGGAAAAAGAAAUCUCUUCCAAACAUGUCGCAGCCUCGCUCGUCUGGAGGCCCUUCCUCCCAGCCAAUCUCACGUCGUAUCUCGAUCGAGGACUUGAUCCACCCCCCUCGGGCCAUGUCGCACCACAUGUCCAUCGAAAACUUGCUACAGCCCCAAUCGCCUGCGUCGCCCCCACCGCAUGGGAAUCCAUCCUCCCAAGCCAUGCCUCCACCGCCGGUGCCCGCUAGUCGUGGGAGACGCCGUGAUACUGGAAAACCUCGUGGUCGACCUCGAAAGAGCUCCGCCAACACACCACCGCCUUCUUCAACACCACUGGCAAGCUUUCGAGGUCGGCCUCGAAAGGCCUCCGCGGAAAGGCCUCCGCGCUCUACAACGCCAACGACAAGACCUCCUGGCCGACCUCGAAAGACCUCCACCAAAAAGCCUCCGCCCUCUUCAACACCAAUGACAGAUCCUCAAGUUCCGGCGUCUCGUAAACCCCUCGAUACGGUGCCACCACCGCUGGUGCGAGACACUCGUCGUGGAUGCGAGGACCAGACACCAAUGUACGCAAUGGAACAUGGUGAGCCAUCCUCGCAGAGAAAUACCAUGCCUCCGCACUCUUCAGCAGCAGGCUCAUAUCCUCAGACCAUGCCACCUCGGCCAUCUCCUGGUUGGCCCCCUGAUGCGAUGCCACCAACCCAGACUGACAGAUCUUGGGAGCAUCAGGGACGUGGAGAGCCAUGCUUUCCAACCAUGCAACCUCGGCCAUUUCCUGGCGAACCCCUUGGUGCAAUGCCACCACCCCAGACUCAACAAUGUUGGGAGCAACAGGCACCUGGAGAGUCAUCCUUGCGGACCAUGCCAACACCGCCAGUGCCCAGUAUGUACCGCCCGCUCGAUCCAACGGCUCCGCCCUUUUCAUCCGGAGGCCAAUCCUUUCGGACCAUGCCGACGCAGCCAGUGUCCAGUAUGUACGGGGUACUGGUUCCGACGGAUCCAGCCUCUUCAUCUGUAGACCCAUCCUUCCAGACCAUGCCAACACAGACAGUACCCGGCAUGUACGGAGAGCCAGAUCCAACCGAACUACCAGUGUUUGUCCCGCCCCGUCUCUUCACGUGGCUAGUACCCCUCGAAGGGUAUCCGAUACCCGAAGAUUGGAAGUGGCGAGAAGUACCACCAGGGUACGGGCCACCAGGGCUUGAGCCGCCCGAUGAAUGGUCGAUGGCACCACCACCAGGAUGGGGGCAACCAGGGUUUGAACCACCAUGGGAAAAGCCACCUUGGAAACCCCCACCGCCCAAGCCCCCGCUUGAAGGCACUGACAUAUCCUGGACCUUCACACCCAAGGACGAGAAUCGCAGGGAGGGGUCAUUGUUCAGAAAUACCGAAAUCUUGCCUCCACCAUCCGUCUGGCUUGGUAACCCUUCUACCCGGUUGCAACGUUUACGGGAUAUGUUGGGUGUGAGUCGUGAACUUGUGGAGUAUAUUGAGAGCAGAAACUCUUCUCAUCGUCCAUCUUCUCACGGUCAUGGGUCAUCUUCUCAACCGUCGUCCUCUCAACCGUCGUCUUCUCGACAUCCCGAACCAGCUUUGCAUGAGGGCACCACACAGAUGUCAGGUGACAGAAAACUGCCCGAUGGAGUAGUAUUGGAAUGGUAUUGUCGAUCCAUCGAUGAAAAUUGGGACAAAGUUCUGGUACGAUUCCCCAAAAAGAGACGUCGCGAACCUAGAUUGCUUUUUGGUGCAAAUAUCAACGAUUUGUAUCCUUCGGACGACGAGGAUGAAGAAACCCCCGCCUCAGACGGAGAACCGAUCGACGAUACUUACAGAGGUCUGCGUCAAGCCACAAUAAAUCUAUGUCUGGAUCCUAACGUGAUAAUCUGCAACGGACCUCCUGAAUGGAUGAUCAAUCUUCAUGGUCAACCACACCGCGACUCUUCAGAACGUCUGGACCCUGGACAUGAAACAGAACCUAUGGACCUUGGGGAAGAAACAGAACCUCUGGCCACUGGCAUGCGCCGUCGUUCCCCCAAAGGCAAAGGUCGAGCAGAACCUCCGCCCGAGGUAACAGAACUCCCGCCUCCGAGCAAGCGCAGGCUGUCCAGCAAAGGCAAAGAUCGCGCGGAACCUCCUCCGGAGGAGUCAGAAUCGCCGGCCGUGAGCAACAACAAACGUUCCCGCAAGGGAAAAGAACGAGCAGACCCUCCGCCCGAGGGGUCAGAGUCCUCGGCUGCCAGCAAGAAAAAGCCAUCCCGCAAGGGAAAAGAACGAGCAGAUCCUCCGCCCCUGGAGAUAGAAGACGACGAACCCAACUCAUUCUAUCGCCAUCUUGCCCGCACGGGCAGAGGUGGUCGGCCAGCAAACCUACCUUUCCCGGACGUGGGCAUCAACAAGAUUUUCAACAUGAUGUUCACCGUCUUCCUGGAGUUUUGUGAAAAGGAAAAGCAAGAAAAGACUCCAGAUUCGCGGCCUGGCCCUUCUCGACCCCGUGGCAUGCGCGGUAUGCUCAACACGUCCACGACCGAUUACGUGACGACGACCGAGGACACCGACGACGAUCCCGCACCGGGACCUUCCGGGCGCCCGGACUGCGACAGGCGUUUGAGGGUAAGCCACGACCCCCUUGACCCGACAGUGCCCCUCCCUCAUGCGGUGGUCCUCUGUCGACACUUCCUCCCGGCGGUGAAAUGGUCCCUCGUGGACCCUCCGGUGGGCGAGUAUCGAAGUUUCUGGAAGUGCCCUCUCCCGCCGCGCAAUGACGGACAGGAUCACCUGUUGAGACCCGGCGCCGCCUGCCCCUGGAGGAGGUGGGACGUGGACGACGUGGUCAGACCACCCCCCAAGGCUCGAAGGUGACGGUUGUUGCGAU